AGAGGAGCCAGCAUGGUGGAGUUCGCGCCCUUGUCCGUGCCAUGGGAGCGCAGGCUGCAGACUUUUGCGGUCCUGCAGUGGGUCUUCUCCUUCUUUGUCCUGGCCCAGAUCUGCACUGUGGUCUUCAUAGGCCUCCUGUUCACAAGAUUCUGGUUAUUCAGUGUCCUGUAUGCUAUCUGGUGGUACCUGGACCGAGACAAGCCAUGGCAGGGGGGCAGGCGCAGCCAGGCCAUAAGGCGCUGGGUCAUCUGGAAGCACAUGAGGGACUAUUUCCCCAUCUCGCUGGUCAAGACCGCGGAGCUGGACCCCUCCCAGAACUACCUUGCUGGCUUCCACCCCCACGGGGUCCUGGUCACUGGAGCCUUUGUCAAUCUGUGCACUGAGAGCACGGGCUUCCCUUCGCUCUUCCCGGGCAUCCGUCCUCAUCUGAUGAUGCUGCCCUUGUGGUUCCGGACCCCCUUCUUCAGGGACUACAUCAUGUCGGCAGGGCUGGUCACAUCAGACAAGGAGAGCGCUGAUUACAUUCUGAACAGGAAGGACGGUGGCAACCUGCUGGCUAUUGUUGUAGGGGGUGCCCAGGAGGCACUGAACGCGAGGCCUGGAGCCUACAAGCUAUUGCUGCGGAACCGCAAGGGCUUCGUGAAGCUUGCCCUGCUGCACGGGGCAGCUCUGGUGCCAAUCUUCUCCUUUGGGGAGAAUGACCUAUUUCACCAGGUUGAGAACUUGCCUGGCUCCUGGUUGCGCAGAAUCCAGAACAAGCUGCAGAAGAUCAUGGGUUUCUCCCUCCCGCUCAUCCGUGGCCGUGGCGUCUUCCAAUACAGCUUUGGUUUUAUGCCCUACCGCCGGCCCAUCACCACUGUGGUGGGGAAGCCCAUCGCGGUGCAGAAGACACUGGAGCCCUCAAAGGAGGAGGUGGACAGGCUGCACCAGCGCUACAUCAAGGAGCUGUGCGACCUCUUUGAAGCCCACAAGCUCAAGUACAACGUCCCCAUCGACCAACACCUGGAGUUCUGCUGAGCGCCUCCCCAGAGGAGGGGCUGCCCAAAGGGCAGGGCUGGCAUUAGGGAGCCCAGCCGGAGGUGCCGUGAUCUGGGAAGGCUUCCUGGAGGCAUCUGUUGAGCGUAUCUCCAGAGCCUUCCCAGACUCCUACGAAUCCGACCCGUGCCAGGCCCCAAGUCACAGUCAGCAACAUGGCCGAGGAGACCAGACUCCGGCACUGGUGAUUUGCAUUCCUGCUAUGAAAUCUCUGCGAUUCUUCCUCUUCUUGGUCUGCUCGUAUGUGAAACGGGAGAGAGGGCUGGAAGAGAAUGAUUUCUGAGGUCUCUGUCCUCUGUUGUAAUGUCACUCAAUGGGCAGGAAAAAAAGAGCAGCAACCAAUUACCAGAUUUUUCUUCCUCUACCUUGAGUGACAGCACAGAAGAAGCCACCAGCCCCAGCCGCUUCUCCUACGAGCUCUCUCAUCCUCACCCUGGAUGUCCCAGCUCCUCCCUGCCUAAGCUGGAGAGGAGAGGGUGGCCACGAAGGCCCUGCAUUCCCCCUAGGGAGCUUCGAGUUUCUGGGUCCUCUGAGCUCUGGAGUGGCAGCCAGAGGGGACUGGAGGUGGGUAAGGAGAAUUGCACUCUGUCACUGGCCGUAUGACUGUGAGCAGGCCUCUUCACUUUCCCUCUGCACCUCAGUUUCCCCGACACUAUGAUGACGUCUGAGUCUCAGCUCUGACAUCUCAUAGGCUGAGAGGUCACAAGGGCACCUCUUAUUCGUCCUUCAUAACGUCAGCCCCUGACCUUGGCACAAAAAGGCAGCUCCGUAGAAGUCAGUUCAGUAAAUGAAAGGAUUCUAUUUUAGCCUUCUCCUCUUCCUCCCCACCCCCCAACCAAGAGGGCUGGUCAAAGCCUUGCCUUUGACCCCCAGCCUGGGCCUGUCUUACCUUUCCAGAAGGUGGAUCAGAGUGGGCCAGGGAAUGCCAUGUUACCCCUUCCUUCCUGAUCUGUCCACCAUGCUUACCAUGUCUGGCCCUGUUCUGCUGGGAAAGAAGGGGAAAGGAUACAUAAAGACAGACUGCAGACCAGCCCAGAGAACGAAGACCAGACGUGAGGAGUGCAUGUGUGUGUGUCUGCACGGUAGGCAAGAUGGGGACAGAUGCCCUGACGAGAAGAAUUCUGGAUUCCCGGGUUUGGGACCUGCAUCAAUAGU